ACGCGACUUAGUAUUGUUUAUUGAGAUGCCUUAAACAUUAAGAAAUCCAUUUAUAGUUGUUCGUUUUUUCUUUUGUUUACAGCAUAUGCUGCCAGCAUUUUAUGUGAGUUGUAGUAAAAUGCUAAGCAAAUGAGAAGAAAUUGUUCUAAAGGGAACAUCAUUCGAACUCGAUGUAUGGCCAGACCUUCAAAUAAUGACUAGUGAAGUCAUAUCUCGUACAUCAUUUGGGAGUAGCUAUGAAGAAGGAAGAACAGUAUUUGAACUUCAGAGCGAACAAGGUGAGUAUGUGAUCAGAAUAGCGCGUUCAAUUCAUAUACCAGGAUCAAGGUUCUUGCCUACAAAAAUGAACAAAAGAAUGCUGAAAAUCGAAAAGGAAAUACAAACGACAAUUAGGCGUAUCAUUGACAAAAGAUUGAGAGCAAUCGAAGGAGGGUAUACUAGUAAAGAUGACUUAUUGGGCAUAUUACUCGAAUCCAAUAUGAAAGAUUAAGUGUUGAAAUUGACUUGCAGCGGUUUUUUUUUUUUUUUUUUAGGUAAUGAU